GCGGGGAAGCAUUGCCCACGGAGGAGGCGGCCUCGGCGGCCCUGGCCGGGGCCGCUGCGUGGACGGGCCGCACGGGACAUGGACGGUUGUGGAAGAGCGCUGCGCCAGAUGGUGCCCCCCUCGCGACCUCUGGCCCGGGGCUGCUCGCUGGGCUCGGACGGUCAGAGGUCGCCACCCCGCGUGGCCCCCGGCGCCUACUCUCCGCCCGGCCCGGUGCCUCCCCACGCGUCCCCGAGGGUUGCCCGGCGGCGGCGGCCCGCGUCCCCGGAGCUGCUGCGCUGCAAGCGGCGAGCCGCUCCGGCACCCGGGGCUCCGAGCCCUCUGGGCCUGCAGCUGCAGCCUCCGGCCCCGCAGCCCCGGCCCGACCCGAGCCCCGGGGUGGGAGCGGCCGCCGUGGCCCGGCGCAACGAGCGCGAGCGCAACCGCGUCAAGCUGGUGAACCUGGGCUUCCAGACGCUGCGGCAGCACGUACCCAACGGCGCGGCGAGCAAGAAGAUGAGCAAGGUGGAGACCUUGCGCUCGGCCGUCGAGUACAUCCGGGCGCUGCAGCAGCUGCUAGCGCAGCAAGACGCCGCGGGCGCCGCCUUCCCCGCCGGGCUGCUGGGCGCGGGCCCCACGGGACCCGCGGGGUCCCCCCAGCCCCACGGGGCCCCGUGCGGGGGCACUGGGGGCCCCUGCCCCUACCCCAGCGCCUAUGCGUCGGGCUCGUCCUGCUUCGACUCGCCGUCCCCAGGCCGAGAGGGCAGCUCGGUACCCGGCUCCCCCCACUCGCCUUACUCGUCAGACGAGAGCGGCUACGAGGGGGUGCUGAGCCCCGAGGAGCGGGAGCUGCUGGAUUUCACCAGUUGGUUCGGGGGCUACUAAGAGGGCGCGUGCGCUGCCCCCCGAGCUCGACUGAACGCCGAGAGGACCCAGGCGUACCUCGGCGCCUUCCCGAGGAGAAGCCGCGGAGCCUGACCUUGCCACCUG